AUCUCCAUCUAUUGUAAUCAUCCCAUGCUACCAGCUUUGAAUGCCUGCCCCUUUUUCCUCCUACAACUGAUCCCCUCAACAUCUCUCAAGGAAAAAGGGGAAAGAAAAAAAUGGCAGAAGAAAUGCCCAACUCCAUCUAUGACAUCACCGUCAAGGAUAUGAGCGGCAAUGAUGUGAGCCUCAGUACUUACAGUGGAAAGGUUCUUCUUAUCGUCAAUGUUGCUUCUAAAUGUGGGUUAACACACUCCAACUACAAGGAGAUGAAUGUUUUGUAUGAGAAGUACAAAGAUAAAGGUUUUGAGAUAUUGGCAUUUCCAUGCAACCAGUUUGCUGGUCAGGAACCUGGAAGCAACGAAGAAAUUAAGGAGGUUGCGUGCACAAUGUUUAAAGCUGAGUUCCCCAUUUUUGAUAAGAUUGAAGUGAAUGGGAAGAAUUCUGCACCCCUAUAUAAGCUCCUAAAAUCCCAGAAAGGUGGUAUUUUUGGAGAUGGCAUCAAAUGGAACUUCACCAAGUUUCUCGUUGCCAAAGAUGGCAAGGUCAUGGAGCGAUAUGCACCGACCACUUCACCAUUAAAAAUAGAGAAGGACAUCCAGAAGCACUUGGAGGCUCAAUAAAGUCAUCAACUUAUUUCUCUGAAUACGAAUGUAAUGUGAGGUUCUAUUUAUUAGGUUUAAAUAAAAAGAUGAUAAUUUGUAUUUGAGGAUUUACUCAUUGUAGACUCUACGUGAGCUUGGAUCGUUAUCCUGUAUGAAAAAAAUUGUUUUAUUUAAUUUCUUGCUGUUUGGUAAA